CUGCUUUCUGGAGAAAUGGAUUGGAUACAUCCAAUUACAAUAUUUUUCUUAAUUACUCUUAUAAUUUUGCUGGUUUUCAAAAUGGGCUAUUUCUGGAAUUACAGUUCCCAAAAUCUUCCACCGGGUCCCAAGCCUUUACCAAUUCUUGGAAACCUCCACAUAAUAGAUCAGAAGAGGCCUCACAGAACAAUGCUGAAGUUGUCAAAGAUUUAUGGCCCCGUCUUCAGCAUCCAAAUGGGAUUCCAGAAAAUGGUAGUGUUGACUGGGUAUGAGAUGGUGAAAGAGGCUCUGGUGGACCAGGCUGACGCAUUUGCUGAGAGGCCCGUUAUCCCAUUGUUUGAAGACUUUGCACAGGGCUUUGGUAUUCUUUUUGCUCAUGGUGAGAACUGGAAAGUGAUGCGGAGGUUCACCUUAUCCACACUUCGGGACUACGGAAUGGGCAAGAGAUCCAUAGAGGACAAAAUUGUUGAAGAGUGCAGCAUCCUGACAAAGAAACUGGAAUCUUAUAAAGGGAAACCAUUUGAGACAACUGCAAUCAUGAAUGCAGCUGUUGCCAACAUUAUAGUAUCGAUACUACUUGGCCGGCGAUACGAAUAUGAAGAUCCUACAUUUCAAAGAUUACUGAAGUUAUUCAGUGACAAUAUCCGGCUUUUUGGAACCCCCUCAGUCCUGUUUUAUAAUAUGUUUCCUGCUCUCGGUUUCCUUUCUGGUGGUCGAAAAACUGUCCUUGAUAACAGAGAGGAGCUUUUUGCUUUCAUAAAGGCUACAUUCAUGAAACACCUCAAAGAGCUGGAUGAAAAUGAUCAGCGGAGCUUUAUUGAUACCUUUCUUAUCCGACAGCAAGAGGAGAAGAACAACAAUGUUAAUGAAUAUUUCCAUAAUGAAAAUCUACAAAGUCUUGUGGGUAAUUUAUUUGGUGCUGGCAUGGAGACCACUUCCACCACCCUACGCUGGGCCCUUUUGCUAAUGAUGAAGCACCCAGAAAUUCAGCGUAAGGUCCAAGAAGAAAUUGCUGUCACUAUUGGGUCUGCUCAGCCACGGGCUGAACACCGAAAAAAAAUGCCAUAUACAGAUGCAGUAAUUCAUGAAGUUCAAAGAUAUGCUAAUAUUCUCCCAACCAGUGUGCCACGUGCAACCACUGUGGAUGUUACUCUUAAAGGCUACUUCAUCCCAAAGGGAACCCACAUCAUUCCAUUGCUAUCCUCUGUGCUCCACGAUGAUUCUCAAUGGAAGAAACCACUUAGAUUCUAUCCUGAGCAUUUCAUCGAUCCUGAGGGGAACUUUAUUAAGAGAGACGCCUUCAUGCCUUUCGCUGCAGGUCGGAGGCAGUGUGUAGGUGAGACCCUUGCCAAAAUGGAGCUUUUCCUCUUCUUUACAACUCUUAUGCAGAGAUUCACCUUCCAGCCAGCCCCUGGCACCUCUAGAGAAGACCUGGACCUUACCCCUGCAGUUGGGUUUACAACACCCCCAAUGCCCUUCGAUGUCUGUGCUCUGCCCCGUUGAGAAGGCUCAAGCCAUCUUGUGUCCAUCUCUACACUUCUUCUGCUGUCUUAUUCAGCAAGGAAAUUUACUGUACGAACUAUUCUGUGCAACUAGCCCAUGCUUGCUUACACACUUAAACUGUUCAAGAUACCAUUAUGCUAUUUUGAAGUUUACACUUUCCCAAGGGAAAACCCAAUUCACAAAGAUAGCAGAGGUGGUGAUUGGGGUGUGGAGAGAUGGGUGUCUUGUUUUGUGGUGUCUGCUGAGGAAGGCAAUUUCAUUUUGUAAUAGUACAAUUAUACUAAAGCUAUUCUAUUUUAUUCUAUUCUAUUCUAAUAUAAUAUGCUCACCAACAAAUAUAUGCCAAUAAAGGCUUAUUAGAUUGGACAGGACAUGCUCAUCCUUCUGGCAUCUGCCUGAGCAGCAGCACUGACUUAAUGCAGGUAUUUCCUGGGAAAUAUCAGUCAGACAGAACAUUGUGAAAUAGUUUAGCAGAUCCAAUUUCAUGUACGUUUAUUUGUAAUUCGUUAGGGCUGUGCAAAGCUUUGGAGUUCCGUUUUUUAAUUCAGAGAUUCAGAUGAUUCAGAAAUACAAAUUACUAACUGGAAAGGAUCCCUCUGAAGCAAUUUCGAAUCGAAACACAAACCUCCAAAACUUUCAGAGAGAUAAGUAAAAGAUUUGUUGUUUUUGAGCUUUUUUUUUUCAAUUAAUGUACUCCAUUGCCCCAUCGCCCGUGACUGUCUAGGGUUGGAGGGGGAGGGGGCUGGGGUGGGAGAAGGCUGACAUGAUUGACAAGGGCAGCUGCAUACUGUUUUUUUUUCCAUGUCAACCAAUCAGAAGAAGAAAGCCAAAUCACGUGGCUUUCUAAAAAAUUAGUCUUAUAUAUACUCCCCUCGGCUUCUCCUCUGUGUGGCAUGGCGUUUGCAGGAAAAACAGAUAAGAUUUGUUCUUUGGAGCUCCGUUUGUUUCUGUAUGUUUCUUAAAACUAUAACCUUACUCUGUUGAAAUUAUUCAACCCCCAUCCAAACUUAGAUUUUCUAAACUCCCAUAGCUUGCUAGCUAGUAGUUAUACUCUCUCCUCAACCUUUACCUUCCCCUAUUAUCAGUUUACUAUGUGUUGUUAUUGUGUGCCUGCUCUCCUCCCCCCACAAAAAAUAUUAAAAAUAACCCCAAAAAGUCA